UCCCACACGUUUCUGUCUGAGUAUUGACAGAGUUAGAAGAGUUUCCUGUCUUUGAUUUGAUCUCCUCCGCUUGAUUGGAAAUAUUAAUAUUAUACACUCAUCACAGCUAAUCUGUUUUGACCUUUUCCUUCUCACGAGGAGUUUGAGCAAGCAGAGAGGGGGAGGGAGAGGAAAUGACGAGAAUGCCACUGGGCUUGCCGGCGAUUGACGCCCCACUCCGACCACUGUCCGCCACUUGGUGGGAUGAGAUAAAUGAGUCCGUCAAGUGGCAAGAUGGAAUCUUUUUCACGCUCUGUGGCGUUUAUGCUCUCGUUUCCGCGGUUGCCCUUAUUCAAUUGAUAAGGAUUGAAUUAAGGGUGCCUGAGUAUGGUUGGACUACUCAGAAGGUUUUCCACCUGAUGAACUUUGUUGUGAAUGGAGUACGUGCUGUUGUGUUUGGAUUUCAUAAGCAAGUGUUUCUGUUCCAUCCCAAGGCUUUGACGUUGGUUCUUCUGGAUCUUCCUGGCCUGCUGUUCUUUUCUACAUAUACGCUUCUUGUCCUUUUCUGGGCAGAGAUAUAUCAUCAGGCUAGAAGUUUGCCAACAGACAAACUGAGAAUUUUCUACUUUUCUAUCAAUGGUGCUGUUUACUUCAUACAGGUCUGCAUCUGGGUAUACCUCUGGAUAAAUGAUAACAGCGUUGCGGAAUUCAUCGGAAAGAUAUUUAUUGCAGUGGUAUCAUUUAUAGCUGCAUUAGGGUUUUUGCUCUAUGGAGGAAGGUUAUUUUUCAUGCUGAGACGCUUCCCUAUUGAAUCUAAGGGGAGGAGAAAGAAACUUCAUGAGGUUGGAUCUGUGACAGCUAUAUGCUUCACUUGUUUUCUUAUAAGGUGCUUCGUGGUUGUGCUAUCAGCUUUUGAUCCAGAUGCAUCACUCGAUGUUCUGGACCAUCCAGUUUUGAAUUUUAUCUAUUACAUGCUGGUUGAGAUUCUUCCUUCAGCUCUUGUCCUGUACAUUUUGCGCAAGCUACCUCCCAAAAGAGUAUCAGCCCAGUACCACCCAAUCCGCUAGUCUGCAGAAAGCCCAGUACUACCCAUUAUGUGGUGAUCACUUUUAGGGGUUCUCAUGGUUUCAGCUUGGUUAAUCGGUCGACUUGAUGAUGAAACCAAAGCACUGAAGAAAUCCAGAUUUAUUAUGGUCCUGGAAGCCCAUGUCAUGAGAAAUUUUAUUUUUCCUGUACUUUAUGCAGAGUUAUAACAAUCAAUUGAUCUUCUCUGAAAAGUUUGCCAUUUGGUCGGUAGUUAACGUUACACUGCAUGGUACAUUUUUCUUGUACUCAUCAUGCUGCAAGUUACUCCCCCCUACAUUUAGUUCAGUCUUCAGCUUCCUUUUAUUUUGCCUUUUCUAGUGUAACCUCAGAUUGUUAAUGCUGCUUUUCUAUUGGUCUGGUCGAAACAACCUUUGAUGGAUUUGGAAGCUAAAGAAUCUUUGUAAUAUUCUUUUUUCAAAGCAGUGCUGUGUUUUUUA